AUGCCCUCAGAUCUUGCCAAGUACCUAGCCUCCCAGUAUCUCGUCGCCGACCCCAAGCCCGCCUCCAAGCACCGCCGCAAGCGCAAGCCGCAGUCUUCUUCCCCCGGGCUCGUCAUCACAGACGACGACCUCUCGGGCUGGAGCCAGCCAGCCGCCUCAGCAGACGGGCCCGACGAAGAGCUGCGCCCCACGGUCGCCGGCGCAACCGCCGAGUUUCGCAAGGCGCGCAAAAACAACUGGAGAAGCCUCCAGGCAAGGGCGGACAAUGACCAGGCCGCCGCCGAUGCCGUUCUCGCCUCGACAGCCGCGGAGAGGCACUCGGCAAACGCCGGCAACGACGAGAACCCCGUGGUGGAGAACCUGCAGGACGUGGUGAAGAUGAGCGACGGAACGCACGCCGGCCUGCAGACUGCGGCGGCGGUUUCCGCGCAGAUCAAGAAGCGGCAGCGGGAGGAGCGGGAUGAGUUCCGACGCCACGCCAGAUCCGCGGCGGAGGAGGAAACCGUGUACCGCGACGCGACCGGGCGGCGGGUAGAUGUUUCGACGAGAAAGGCCGAGGCUGCGAAAGCGGCGGCCGAAGCGGAGGCGAAGGAAUCAGCCGCCAGGGAAGCCCUGAAAGGACGGGUCCAGCUGGAUGAGGCUCGCAAGCGGAGAGAGCGACUGGAGAAUGCAAAGCUUCUCCCCUUCUCUCACACUGCCGAGGAUGAAGACCUGAACCGGGAACAAAUGGAUAGGGAGAGAUGGAACGACCCAAUGGCCAAGUUUAUGACGGACACGGCAGCCAGCACAAAGGCAAACAAGGCUUCAUCGACGAGACCUGUGUACGCAGGCGCGGCUCCGCCAAACCGAUACGGCAUCAAACCGGGAUAUCGCUGGGAUGGGGUCGACAGAGGCAUAGGCUUCGAGGCAGAACGGUUCAAAGCCUUGAACAGGCGCGAAAGAAUCAGGGGAUUGAAUUAUUCCUGGCAAAUGGACGAAUAG